AUGAUCACCCGAGCCGCUCUUUCGUCGUCGGGAAACUCUAAACACUCUGGCACAAGCACAAUGAAUCUGGAACGGGUUCCGAAUGAAGAGAAACUCAAUCUGUGCAGAAAGUAUUAUUUGGGUGGAUUUGCCCUUCUGCCCUUUUUAUGGCUUGUCAAUGUAAUCUGGUUUUUCAGAGAAGCUUUUCUGAAACCAUCCUACUCAGAGCAAACGCAAAUCAAAACAUAUGUGAAGAGGUCGGCUCUGGGCGUGCUUCUCUGGGCGGUGGUUCUCUCGGUCUGGAUCACAGUUUUCCAACAUUUCAGGGCUGAGUGGGGAGAAGUGGGAGACUAUCUGUCGUUCACAAUCCCACUGGGAACACCCUAA